UCAAUGCGGAAGAGAAGCUCCAUAUGUGCGUGACGUAAUCGGCUCUCAGACCUCCAUCUUUCAGUGCCGCAUGUCUCUGUGGACAUUUGAGCAGGUUACAACAUGAAUCAAGAGAAACUGGCAAAGCUUCAAGCCCAGGUUCGGAUAGGUGGGAAGGGGUCAGCACGUAGAAAGAAGAAGGUGGUGCACAGAACAGCAACAGCUGAUGACAAAAAACUUCAGAGUUCACUGAAGAAGUUGGCUGUCAAUAAUAUAGCGGGGAUUGAGGAGGUGAACAUGAUAAAGGAUGAUGGGACUGUUAUUCACUUUAACAACCCCAAAGUGCAGGCGUCUCUGUCUGCAAACACGUUUGCCAUCACAGGCCAUGCUGAGACCAAGCAGCUGACUGAGAUGCUGCCUGGGAUCCUCAGCCAGCUUGGAGCAGACAGCCUCAGCAGCUUACGCAAGCUUGCCGAACAGUUCCCUCGCCAAGCUCUCGACAGUAAGGCCCCAAAACCAGAAGACAUAGAGGAGGAGGAUGAUGAUGUUCCAGACCUGGUUGAGAACUUUGAUGAAGCAUCCAAGAACGAAGCCAACUGAUACACACAUGGGUUUGAUUUGCUUUAAGGGACUGCAAUGAAACAAGACUCAUUCUCCUCUGAAAAUGAACACAUUUACAAUUCCCUCUGGAUGUUGGGCUGACAGUGUAAAACCAAUUACUCUUCAAAUAUGUGGUCAACCCUACAACAUGUACAUCGUCAGCUGUGUCCAGGAUUCCUAUGAUAAUCAACGCUAGUCUUAAUAUGUUUUUGUUUUUUAAACCAAUAAAGGUGAUAAACAUUUUA